AAUUUAUUUCAGGAAUCAAUGCCUGAUCUGGUUUGCUGAAUAAAUAUUAAACACAGUGGACCAUCAGACUCCAUAAUGAUGAUCAUUGUUUUUAAAAGUGUUGUGCAGUCACUGUUGACUAUCAUCUCUUUAAUCCUGUGUUUCAUAUCCACCACUGCUGCUGAACCAAAAGCAGCAGUUAGUCCAGUUUUGGACUGUAAGCUGGAUAAUGACAUGUACAUCUGCACUGGUGCUCAGUACCGCAUGUACUGCAACACAAAAAUGCAUGAUUUCUCCUACCAGAGAUAUCAGUACCAAGACCAAUACCAGUGUGUGAAUAAUAACUGUAACUGUACUGUUAAUAAGGACACCUGUACAUGCUCUACUAGCACUUUUUCCUCCUGCUUCUGUGUGGCUUUUGGCAAUAUCAUUUCUUUUACAACUCCAGUCUAUGACUGUGUGCUUUAUAACGACACAUCAUACAUCUGCGCGGGUGCUCAGUACCACAUGUACUGCAACACAAGUAUACAUGAUUUGUAUUACAAUAGAAGUGAGCACCGCUGUGCAAGCAAUAUCUGUGACUGCCGUGGUAAUAAGGACACCUGUACAUGCUCUAGUACUUCAUCCUCCUGCUUUUGUACAAAUUAUGGUAAUACCAUCCCUGCAGCAGUUAGUCCGGUCUAUGACUGUGGGCUUUAUAAUGACAUAUACAUCUGCACUGGUGCUCAGUACCGCAUGUACUGCAAUACAAGAAUGCAUAGUUUCAAUUACCAGAGAUAUAGAAACCAAAACCAAUACCAGUACCAAUGCAGUAGUAAAAACUGUAACUGCAUUGGUAAUAAGGAUACCUGUAUAUGCUACAAUAGCAUUUUGUCCUCCUGCUUCUGUGACACACAUGGCUAUAUCAUUGCUCUCACUACAGCAGUUAGCCCAGUCUAUGACUGUGUUCUUUAUAAUGACACAUACAUGUGCACUGGUACUCAGUACCGCAUUUACUGCAAUACAAGUGUACAUGAUUUCCAUUACAGUAGAUACCAUUACCACUGUAUGAGUGGAAACUGUGAGUGCAUUGGUAAUAAGGACACCUGUACGUGCUACUCUAGUGUGUCAUCCUCCUGCUUCUGGACAAACUACAACGAUAGCACCUUUAUCCCUGCAGCAAUUAGUCCAGUCUAUGAAUGUGUGCUUUAUAAUGACACAUACAUCUGCACUGGUUCUCAGUAUCGCAUGUACUGCAAAACAACAACGCAUAAUUUCAACUACCAGAGAUAUAGAAACCCAAACCAAUACCAGUACCAAUGCUGGG